AUGGCGCCCGCUAGAACGCGAAGAGUGCGCCAGACCGAACCUUGGAACAUUCUCAACAAUGUCAAUAAUCCGGUGACCCAGAAAAGCCCUGCCACUGCUAGCAAAGCGCCGCGAAGAAGACACACGACUCAUCGCGCAAACAUCUACGAUGUCCCCGCCUCGCCUGAACCUGCGGAAUUACCCGAAACACCCUCGAGGACACUUCGCAGUGGUCUUCGGAGCCAACAAAAUCGCCUUUCGACACCCGAGCCCGAUCUAUCCUACAAUGAAGAAAACUACGACGCGCCACCGGAGGAGGAUGCGCCGUCAGACGAAGCCGCAGAGUCGAGCGAAGAUGAAGAAAGUGAGGACGACAAAGAUAAAUCUACUGGCAACCGACUGUCGGAAGAACUAGGUAGUGAUGGUCCGAUCACAAGCAUGAGCCGCUCCUCUGGAGACCGCGACGCGAACGGGGACAAUAACGACGCGCCUGGCUCCUCUCCAAUUCCUUCCAUCCCAGAGACACCGCGACCUGCACCCACCCAGCCAACGAAUCCUCUUCCAGACGAGUUUUUCGACCAGUUUGAAAUUCGAAGCGAUGAUGAAAUGCCCGAUCAAGAUCAAGCUGAAGGGAGCCCCGAAGUCCAAGAGCUUCUCGAUUCACAACUUCUGAGUUCACAAUUCAAUGAACAAACGCAAACCGAAACAGACAUUGACCGAGCCUACCGCCGUAAGCUACAGGAGUGGUUCGACCAGGAGAUGGAGAUGUUAGAUUUGAAAAAUGAAUCGCAGGUCAUAUUGCAGAAAGCAAAAUGGUUAAGGAAACAGGCUACGCGACCAAAACCCGAUGAAUUGAGUGCUCCAUUUGCCAUAGUUACUGAGCUUCGCCACAUCUACAAGGAGAUCGUGGAGACAAAGUAUUUAUCACUCGAUCUCAAAAAGGAUCUCCGAAAUCUCAAGGACUCACUAUUCCUGGAGUUUGUGCGACUGAGGCGCUACGCUAUGUGGGAGACGAAGGAUGAGCCAAGCGCAUAUCUGAUCGAUCAAUUUCAAGCGUACAUCACACCCAGGGUCAUCACUCUGAUCCUGUACGGCUUCAAAUUGUAUCGGAUGUUAGGGGAAUCAGCAAGUGCUCAGCUCCAGGAUACUCUAUUCUUGUUGAUACAAAGCGGUCUGAAGACCAGGGAGGCGGUCGAAUCGGGAUAUCUAGUUAAGCAAGAUGAUUUUGAAAAUGCGUCUGAUUGGACUCGGCCCAUUCAUCCUCCGUUGAGACGUAUUCUCAACUAUCUGCACGCUCGGACCCCAAGCGAAGAGUCCACUAUCUUCAGUGUGAAUUCCAAACGAGAAGAGCCAUGGACCCGACAGGAAGGAUUGGCCCUUAUUGAAGGACUGCAGCAAUACAAUGGUCAGUAUCCUCGGCUAUCUUUCUCGUGA